AUGUACCGGGAAAAAGUGCAUAUACCUAUUGAAAAGCCAUGCAUUAUUUUAAAAGGAUCGGGUAGCAAUACAACAAUCAUUGCUUACAAUGAUUCGGCUAAUAAUGUUGGCACAUCUGAUAGCGCUACAUUCAUUUCAUCUCCACCUAACGUGGUUGUGAGUGGAAUUUCAUUCAAGAAUACAUAUGGAUCUAACGGACCUGCAGUAGCAGCUAACUUUUAUGGUGAUAAAUCAGCCAUAUUUGAAUGUAGUUUCUUUGGCUACCAAGAUACAUUGCUCAUAUCAUCAGGACGCUCUUACUUUAAAAAUUGCUUUAUUCAAGGUGAAGUGGACUUUAUUUGUGGAGAGGGUCAAUCUUAUUUUGAGAAUUGUGUCAUUAAUGCUGUACAAGAGAAAUCCAAAUCUAUAGGUUUUGUUACGGCGCAACUUAGAGAAAAACCAAAUGACCCAAACGGAUUUGUUUUUAAAGGAGGGUCUAUUAUUGGAAUUGGUCAAGUAAAUCUUGGAAGACCUUGGGGCCCUUACUCAAGAGUCAUAUUUUGGGAAACAUAUUUUUCAUCUGUAAUAACACCUGAAGGAUGGAACCUUUGGCAUGUAAGAGGCGACCAAAAGGAAUCAACAUAUAUCCCAUGGCAUUCACUGUUUCGAUCUAUGUUUUAAAGGUUAGCCAUGAAGGGUAUUCCAACAAAUACUCUUUUGUGCAUCAUGGCCAAAAGAUUGUUCUUGCACCAUUGGAAACUUAAAGACCUAAAUAUGCAUUUUACCAAAAUUUUAUAAAAGUUGUAAUUUUGAUAAAAUUAAAAUGUUUAACUUUUUAAAUAAAUAGUUUUUUAAUUUGAAUCUUAAGUGACAGGAAAUACUAAUUA